AUGUUUGGUGUCAAUUGCAUUCCAGGAAAUGUCUCCAUGUUUUACAACCUUGACAUAUCGCCAUACCGGCCUUUGGAAGAGCAACAGCAGAGACUAAGAUCUGUCAUGAUAAUGAUUCAUCCAGACAAACAAAACAACAAUAACCGCGAAGUGAUAUUGAAUGCGACUUCUAUGUUCCAAAUUUUAUCACCAUAUAGAGAAAUUCUCGAAGCGGAAUUUAUCUUGGAAAGGUACAUCAAGGACGACAGGGAACAAAUACAAAAAUGGGACGAAGCACGCACGAGAAGAAUGCAACACCGUUAUGGCGGGAUGAAACCUUGGUUCUUCUCCUACAACCCUGACCCCCCCAAGUGGUUUCCAAAUUGGGCAGUCCUGGUUGAUUUCAUUCAUGGCUCCCUUCUCCGGUGCUUGUUCUUCCAGUACGUGGUUGUUGGCAAAAGCAAAGCCAGUAAGUCUAUUCGCAAUGGUAAAGCCCUGAAGAGGAGGAAGAGGAGGACGAGCAGAGCUCCUUAUGACACCCCAUCUUCGGAGAACGAAAUUGACAACACUGUCUCGAAUCAAUCAUCACAACGAACUCUCGAGAGUCCGGAAUGCACAGAUUUUGAAGCAUAG